UACAACACAAUCGAAAGGUGUGAGUAAGCAAAGAAAGUUAAGAGAGAGAAAAUUAAAAAAACUUCAGAGGAGUCCACAUCUCUCCACUUCUUUUGAGAAUAUUUUUUUUAUUUAAUUCUUCCAUAAAUUAUUUUAAUAAAUUAUUCAUUCUCAAAUUCCUCAAAUUUUUUUUGUAGUUCAUCACUCUCAUUAACAAACUUCCUUUUUCUCUCUCAUCUUUCUUCACUCUUUUUCGUCUCUUCCCUCAGGACUGGGGAGGAUUUGUCAUGAAGACCUAAAUUUUGGAGAACGAGAACUGGCCAUGGGUGGUUGCUGUUGCUCUUCUAGAAAGUCGCAAUUACAAGGAACACCUGUGUAUUACUAUUGUCCCCCGUCAUUGGAAGAACAGGAAAACUUGAGAGCAUACCGUGGGACAGCCUCUGGGUUGUCAACAGGGCUCCUUGUUGGACUAAAUUUGGAUACAUCAAGCCCUGAUACUUUCAGACCCCCUCCUGCACCCAUUCCAUUCAAUGUUCUUUUUGGGCGCCCCCAAACUCCGAUUCAUACUCAUGGAAGCCAAGGACAAAAAUGUGAUACAGUUAAACACUCAAAACCUGCAGCCAUCGGAGAUGGUACUGAUUGCAUUGAUAAAUUGAUUUCUGGCAACCAUGUUGGAAAAUCAGAAGGAAAAACUCUUGCUGAUAUUUUGCUUGCCUCACCAACAAAGUCUGACGUAGAAAUCACAAAAUCAUCCGAGACUUAUGGAUUAGUCGCCGAUGAAGAGGAUGCCUGUCCUAUCUGUCUUGAAGAGUAUGAUGCAGAUAAUCCUAAAAUGGUUACCAGUUGUGAGCACGACUUUCACCUGUCAUGUCUCCUUGAAUGGAUGGAGAGAAGUGAUGCCUGCCCAGUUUGUGAUAAGGAAAUGAUAUUUGAUCAGCCUGAUGAUCAGAACUGAAAAAGUCCCUUAAUGAGCAGAGUUAAUUGCUUAUUCAUUCAGUACACCAAACAUGAGAGGGAGGAGUUACGUUUUCAGUGAGGUCUCAGUUUCUUAUUUGCUGACACAACUUGUGGCUUGUUAAGUGUCCAACAUGGGUCAUUACACGGAUAGUGGUUUUCCUGGAGUUUCUUGCACUGAUCUCUGAUUCUAUGUAUCAGUGAUUGGAAAUUUGACUGCUUCAUUCAAACAAAUAUGUACAAGCUGCGGAUACAGGUACAAGCUAGCUUUUGGAAACUGCAAAAGGCAUGCAACGGUUAGCACUCGCCUUCUGGUCUGUAUUAUUAUAGCAAAGUUCCAUUUUCAUGUACAGAUUUCUUUCCCUCUUCUUUUUCUUUCUUGUGGUGGUGUUGGUUCUCCCUCGUCCUCCCCGGCUCCCCCACCCCUACUCCUUUUGGCAGCCUAGUUUUCUUUUGCAAUUUUAUUUACACAUUUAAUUAGUGCGUCUGUCUACUCUUGCAUGAUAUACAAUCUUUUCUUUUUUGGAAAAAAAAUAUUCUUUAGUGAAAACAGUGUGGCUUAUCACUGAAUUCUGGUUAGUAUACAAACUAUCAACAGUGAGUUUAUUCCAUCUUCAUACUUGAACUAAUUUUCCGGGUUUAUUCCACCAUUAAUGUAAUUCUUGUUACAUAGAUAUCUAGUUAGUUUAAGGGGAAAAGUACUUGAUCAGCUGUCGAUAAACGAUUUAAUUAGCUUGUAACAGUCACAUUAUUUCCUAAAACCGAUAUGCUGACCAUCCCCAUCCAAUUUUUUA